GCGAACAGCGGGGGCGGGGCCGCGCGGUUGCCCUGGCGACGCGCAGCGUUUGUGCUCGGAGAAGUGCCGGAGCGCCGCCAUGGCUGGCCCACAGCCGUGCCAGCCGAGGUCGGUCCGGUGCCGCUCGCCGUCGCCGCCCGAGCCGCCGCUGCGGGUGAAGGUGGUGGGGCUCUUCAAAAGCGCCAGCUUUCAGAUCGCGAAGAGCGCAGCCGAGAGUCUCAAGAAUACUUAUCCAUCCAAAUUCGAAGAUCCUGUAAUAGUGCCUCUUCAAGAAUUUGCAUGGGAUCAAUAUCUACUGGAGAAAAAAAGGGAACUCAAGAAUGAAGUCUGGGAAUAUUCUUCCUAUGUGAUGUGUUUUGUUAAUGAUCAGCUCCUGGGUGAUGCCCUUGACCUUCAGAAAUGGGCCCACAAGAUCUGGGAUAUAAUUGAUUUCAGGCCGCCUGCACUUUACGAGGCACUUACUGUGGAUUUUUCUACUAACUUCUUAAGAGACACCAAGCAUGAUUUUGUCUUCCUGGACAUUGCCAUUGAUUUUUAUCCAAUUGGAAGACUAAUUUUUGAGCUGUACUGUGACGUAUGUCCCAAAACAUGUAAAAAUUUUCAGGUCUUAUGUACUGGAAUAGCAGGAUUUUCUCAAAGUGGCUUCAGGCUACAUUAUGCAGGUUCAAUCUUUCAUCGAAUAGUACGAAAUGGCUGGAUACAAGGAGGAGAUAUAGUAGCUGGAAAAGGAGAUGGUGGAGAGUCCAUUUAUGGACCAACAUUUGAAGAUGAAAACUUUACAAUUCCUCAUAAUAAAAGGGGAGUUCUUGGAAUGGUCAACAAAGGCCGUCACAGCAAUGGGUCACAAUUCUACAUCACACUACAACCAACUCCCUAUCUAGAUAGAAAAUAUGUGGCUUUUGGGCAAUUGAUUGAAGGAACAGAAGUUCUUCAACAACUGGAAUUGGUUCCAACAGAGAAUGAAAGACCAACACAACAAUGUAUAAUUAUUGACAGUGGAGAUCUGUAUACCUGAUUUUCACAUGAAUAUUUUCUGACAAUUUAUUAUUACGUGUCUGAUCAGCUGUUUCUAGAUUUAAUUAAACAACGCUUGAUAAAAAUUAGUUUGAAAACUGUGGCAGAUGCUGUAGGUUGGCUCACGCAACACCCAAUCCCUCCCCGUUUUCCUUUCUUGCCUCUGCUAUAGAGACUAUAAAAGCAAAAUACUCAAUUUCCCAGCCUCUUUUGCAGCCAGGAAUGACCAGAGGAUACCCCUCUGGCCAGUGAGACAGGAGAAGAAUGCCAGUGGUCCUGUCCCUUCCCCUUCGUGCAAUCUUGAAUGCAGAGGCUACAGCCAUGAAGGAAAGGCCAAGAUAACUGCAGGCAUGUCAGCACCAACCUGAGCUGCAGAACCAAUACCAGCACCCACCGUCUGUCUCCGGCCUUCUUACUGUAUGAGACAAACAGACCCCUGUUUAUGUUACUGUUGGUUGAGUAUUUUGUUACCUGUAGCCAAAACCAUUCUUAAUUUAGCUGCAGUACCUAAUGGCCUUUGAAUCUUAAAACGUUUGUAAUAGAAUUUAUGUUGUUGUUUGUAAUUACAUUUCUGCCAUGAGAAACGUGGUAAAUAACCAAAUAGGAGAGAAGCAACAGAAGAAAAUUCAUUGUAAGAUUUCAUUGUUUAUAUGUAGCAUUCAAAAAAGGGUAUAUAGUCAAGUGCUUAAGGAUGGGGCUAUGUUCUGAGAAAUGCAUGAUUAGGUGAUUUUGUCACUGUGUGAACACCAUAGCGUGCACUUACACAAACCUAGAUGGUAUAGUCUGCUACAGACCUAGGCUGUGGUACUGAUCUUACGGGACCACCAUCGCAUAUGGGGUCUGUCGUUGACUGAAACAUCGUUAUGGGUGCAUGACUGUACACUUUGGAUGUUUUUCUGUGACAGGAAUAGAAUGCUUGUCUCUGAUUCAUACCAACCAUAUGAAAACCAAUGGCUUGGGUUUCAGUCCCCAUGGUGGCUGACUCCUGAGAGGUUAUUGGGAUCCAGCUUUAUCAGCUGCUCCUUAAUCUGAGCUUCUCAAACCCAUGUCACCUGGGGAACUUUUAAAACAGACUGCUGGAUCCCGUCUUUGACCCACUCAGAGUCUCUGGACAGGGAUUCUGUGCAUCCCUUUAGCUCUCUACCCAGAGGUUCUUCUAGCUUGUAAUUAGCCAGCUGGGCACUAGUCACGGGAAUCAUGCGAGACAUAAGUGAGUGGUUUCAGCCCCCUUUGUGUAGUCAGUGAAGUGCUUGACUCUGUUAGUGGUGACCUUGCUCAGCUGCUGCUGCCACCACAGCCACGGCGCAGCUCCUGCUCUGCCCAGAGCCACUGAGCCACUACAGUUUUCUUGCCCUCAGUGGAAGAUUUGUCUUCCAAGAAGGAUCUCUCCUUGAGCCAGUCUCAAAGAGACAGGCCUCUAGUUGACUUGGGGCUUGCCAAAGGUAGGCAUAUGCUUAUUUCACUUUUUAUUUUGAAAUGAUUAUAGAUUCACAGGAAGUUGUAAAAACAGUAGCGUGAUUCUGUAUACCAAUCACCCAGAUUGCCCAAAGGGCACAACUUACACAACUACAGUACAUUAUCAAAACCAGGCAGUUGACAUCAGUACAAUGUGUGUGUUGCCCUUUUAUAUGUAGAUUCACGCGACUGACACCGCAAUCAACACAGAACAUUUUCAGGGCCACAGAGACCUCCCGCACGCUAUCGUUUAUAGUCACACCUACUCCUCUGCUCCCCACCAUCCCUAACUCCUGAAAACCAGGAUAUAGUGUUUUGUGUUUUUGUUUUUUUUGAAUAACAGCUUCAUUGCUAUAUGGCAUAUGGUUUUAUCCUCAGAUCUGAGGUGGCUGGGGAGAAAGCAUACUUCCUGUGUCACAUUCUCAACUGACCCAGAGGCAGCAGAGGGUUAAGAACCUGCAUUCUUGAGCCAGACAGCCUGGCUUUGAAUCCUGGCUCUGCCAUUCCCUAGCUGCCAGACUCACGCAAGAACUUCAGUCAACUCAAAACAGCAGUACCUGCCACACGGAGCUGUUAUGAGGGUUCAAGGACUCAAGAAUUUGUAUACAGGACGUAGAAUAGGACCUGUUGUGCUCUAAGUGCUCGUAAAUGUGUGCUCAAUAAACUACUAGUGUAUAACCUUCA